CCAGUCUGCGUGAAGCCGGUGGCGGUCAUGUCCAGCGGAAUAAUAAACUAUAGGGAAACUGGACAAAGCUGAGCGACUGACAUCUGAGCCGCCGGGUUGAAGAAACGACUGGAUGAAGCUGCUCUCAGCUUUAUUUAUCGACAAAAAAAUAAAGAACUUCUACACAAUGGAACGAGUUCAGAGUAAUCAAAUCUGCGCACAAAAACCCCCCAAUAGCUUUCGAUCACAAGACGACGAGCCCCGUGUUGACUUUAGGGCUAUUUUUGGUGACAGGAGAAGCUGAGACGACGUAGUCGGAGAAGAAGACACGGUUAUAGACCUCUAUCCUUAGACAGCAAGACUCCCAUUUUAGCCUGAGCAUGGUCUGGAGCUCUGGGUCCUGAAACUGAAACUUUCUGAAACUUUCCCUUUUCUAAAGAAGGAUUUAUAAGCCGGGUCACAGUAAUGGGUCCGUUUGCGUCUCCUUUUGAUAACUUGCUGUGCAUGUUGCUGGGCAUCUCCUUCACCGUGUGGUUCACUCUGCUGCUGGUGUUCAUCAUCGUGCCGGCUAUAUUCGGGUUGUCCUUCGGGAUCCGGCGGCUCUACAUGAACGGCCUGCUCAAAGUGUUCGGGUGGGCCACAAGGAGAAUCGAGAGAGGAGCCAAGGAGAAAAAUCAUCUCGUGUAUAAGCCCUAUACAAAUGGCAUAAUAGCCAAAGAGCCCACUUCGCUAGAGGAGGAGCUUAAAGAAAUCCGACGUGUUGGCAAUGGCAGGGACCUUAAUGGCUCCAUCUCUUCUCCCAUUGGCUCCUCCUAUUCCUCCUCAGAGUUUGCUGUUUCGGACAUCUUUCAUUUUUGCCGGCGUGGAGUCGAGAGUAUCGUGGAUGAUGAAGUGACCAAGUGCUUCACAGCCGAAGAGCUGGAGUCCUGGAACCUGCUGACGCGCAGCAACUACAACUUCAGACACAUCAGUACACGGCUUACAGCGCUCUGGGGACUCGGGCUGAUCAUCCGCUACUGUAUCCUGCUGCCUCUCAGGUUGACACUCGCCAUCACAGGCGUGACUCUGUUGGUGGUUCUCACCACCAUAAUCGGAUUUCUACCCAAUGGAAGGAUGAAGAAUUUUCUCAGUGAAAAAGUGCAUUUGAUGUGUUACCGAGUUUGUGUGAGAGCACUUACCGCAAUCAUCACAUAUCAUCACAGUGAGAAUAAGCCUAAAAAUGGAGGAAUCUGUGUCGCCAAUCACACGUCACCCAUCGAUGUCCUCAUACUAGCCAGUGACGGCUGUUAUGCAAUGGUGGGACAGAUUCAUGGAGGUCUGAUGGGACUCAUUCAGAAGUCCAUGGUGAAGGCUUGUCCACACAUCUGGUUUGAAAGAUCUGAAGUCAAGGACCGCCAUCUUGUGGCCAAAAGGUUGAGCGAUCACGUCGAGGACAAAAGCAAACUUCCAAUCCUCAUUUUUCCCGAAGGUACCUGCAUCAACAACACAUCUGUGAUGAUGUUUAAGAAGGGAAGCUUCGAAAUCGCUUCAACUAUCUACCCAGUGGCCAUCAAGUAUGAUCCUCGCUUCGGAGACGCCUUCUGGAACAGCAGCAAAUUCGGCAUGGUGACGUAUCUCCUCCACAUGAUGAGCAGCUGGGCCAUAGUGUGCAGCGUCUGGUACCUCCCGCCCAUGAGCCGACAGAAAGACGAGGACGCCGUGCAGUUCGCUAACCGGGUCAAAGCAGCUAUCGCAAGACAGGGUGGCCUGGUGGACCUGCUGUGGGACGGUGGCUUAAAGCGCAGUAAAGUCAAAGACACCUUUAAAGAAGAGCAACAAAAAAUGUACAGCAAGAUCUUGGUGGGGACGCACGAAGACCGUAGUCGCUCCUGAGGAACGGAAGAUGAAAUUGGAUUGUUCAAUCUUUCAAAAGAAAAAAACUAAACAUCAGGAGUGCACCGUAAGCCAUGUCUUGUGUCUGUUGGUGGUAGAAGAGGGUUGAUUUCCAGAAGUCAGUUCAAACAUGACGCUACGGCAUCAUUUACUAACAUGACCACUUUGUGAGGUCUCUAAACGGACACUUUGCUGUUAACACUCUCGAAAAACAUCAGUGUAACAGAAACACAUUGUGGGAUUUUGUGAAUUUGUUUUUAUCACAUUAUCAUUAUUUAUCACCUAUUUAUAUUAUAUUUUUACUUAUGUUACAAUCAGUUUUUUUUUCCUUUUUACCUUAUCUCGGCUUUGUUAAUGCAUUGGGUCCUGUAAAUAUUUACAGGGAAAAAAAAAAAACAUGAAGAAGUUCUAGUGUAUAGCUAAUGCGAGUUUGCGGUUACGUUUAUAACGAUACCACAGCGCUGCCGGAUUCUCGAAUCAGAUUGGUCGAAAAAAGAAACGAGUGAUUUUAUUUUCUCCAACAGCAGCGCUGAUAUUAGUUUCAGCUCCAAGUCGAAUAACAGGUUUACUGUAUAUUAAUGUGUUUGUUUAAGUCAAUUGUACAUUCAUUUGGCUCUGUCCCAUCGGAAAAUGUCCCACGUCAGAAUCACACCAUCAGAUGUGUCUAAUUUUCUUUUUGUUAGUCCGUGAACAUUGAAACUGAUCGAUUUGUGAAGUAAACUCCUCAUCGUUCUUUCUGAUAUGCUUUUUCGCACGCUUGAUCCACCUAAUCUUCAUCUUUGUUUUUAGUGUGAGAAAAAUACUAGUUUUAUUAUGUGCUUACUGGAAAAAGCAAUAUACUUUUACAUAUCUGAUCAUUAGAAUUAGCAGUAAGUAGAUUGCCAGGAAACGGCCUCCUUUUCAUUCUUUGUGGUCUUUUAGUACCAUGGCAACCGCUCAUAAACAACAACAACAGCAGCAGCUCAAUAUGAUAUAAUAAGAUAAAACUUACUGUGCAUAAUUCUUGAGCCCUCGCUCAAUUCUUUAUAUUAAAUGAAAUUAAAUAAUGUAGAUGAAAUGAAAGAAUUUUUUUUUACUGUGACAGGAUGCAAAGUGCCUAAAGAUACAUAAACAAAUGGGUUGUUUAUGUACAGUAACAACCUCAUUUCCCCUCUCAUCUGUUCCAACCAGUCACCAGCCUGGUCAUCUCUCAUAAUCUGCAUCUGUUUCUUACUGGUUCAUGCCAUGGCUGGCAAGCAAAUGAGGUACUCAAAGACUGAGAGUUGCACUGCUAAGCUCAGAUUAGCAUGACAGAUCAACUGGAGAAAUGCACUGCAAGCUAGCAUACCAGCGUACCUUUACUUUUACUCAUUCACUUUAAACUUAGAGAGAAAGGAACAUAAGCGGAUGUGAUUGCUGGUCCGGCAGUUCUCUUUUUAUGGGUUUUGUAUUAUUCCUAGGUUCACGACCAGAAAGAUUGUUCCAUUUCCCUCUCUCAUGGAGUAGGUUAACAUUGCUUUGACAUGCUGGUGAGGAGGGACAAUUUUUGUUGUAGUAUUGGAACAAUUUUGCAAGUGCAAGUAGCAAAGCGCGCUCUUGGGUCUUGGUAUCAGUAUUAGUAUCAGUAGUAUCAGUAAGUUAGAACGCGUACCCAGUGACUUGUAUGAUCCACAUACCAUAUAGUGCUGUAUAGCUGCUAUAACUUGUUUCGCAAGACGUUGCGCAACAUUUAAACGCAACUGCACGCAAGGUUCUCGUGUAAUUCUUAUUGAACACGUCAGGAUGUGCUGUCAUAGGAAAAAACCCCUGUAGCCGGUUCCUUAUAGCAUUCGGUUUCUCACUUAGAAAAACAAACAAAUGCAGCAUAUAAACAAUACUUCAAAUACAAGAGUUUAACAUUUAACUGAGCAGCGAGUAUCUAUGUUCUCUGCAUGAAUUAUUAUGAAAUGAAACAUAUAGUAAUUCACUCCUCUUGCCCGGGAUGUAAAUGUGUAAAUAGUACAGAGUGUACCUCCUAUAGGAUUAUAAAGAAACAGCGAUGUUUUACCUCCUCAAAUGCCUCCAACAGGUUGAGUGGCUUGGGGCACGCUUCGAACGCACACGAUUUUUGACAAAUUAGCCCCACAGUGUUUUAAGACUUGUUUAAGCGUGUGUAAUAAGUUAGUUUUAUUAUAUAUAUAUUUUAAUCUAUUUUAGAGUCAGUGUGGCGAUAUGUAAAUCGCCACAAAAAGGAAAUCACUAUUCAGGACUAAAUCGAUUUUUUCCCCCACCUCUGUUCAUUAACCCCAGUUACUCUGUACCUUGUAAUGUUAUUUGUGGCUCUUUAACUAACUUAAUUAAUUACCUUAUUGCGGGAUGUUGUCAGUGUAUUGCAGGAAUAUAAACAUGUAUGACUGGAUUAUGACCAGUCCAGUUCAGUUCAGUUCAAUUUUGAGCUAAAAACUAUUUUUAUGCUUUUUAUAUCACAGUCCGAAAUAUUAUAGUUUAGUGAUAAUAAUAAUAGUAGCCUAGCUCAAGGCUAAUAGUUGCAUCAUACUGUACAUGUUUGAGAUCCAUCAUUUUGUUAACAAAACUCAAUCAUUUCUCAACCUACAGUAAUCUCUAUCUAUUGCAUCUGCAGCAAAUGAGUAAGUACAGUCCAAGGGACAACGGCUUCCCACGUAUCGGCUGCACACUUUCCUGUACAGGAAUUAAAAUCGCAGACUUGGCAACUAAGUCCAAAUCCUACACCCUACAUAUUUACUCAGGGAAGGUUACUCGUAUUUGAAUAGAUUACACACAUGCUUAAGUGGAUUUUCUGUAAACCCCACACAGAUUAUAUAAAUAACCUGUUAGUCAUUCACACCUCUGAGUUUGCCAGAUUCUUUGAAACAUCAGCAUUUGUCUUUGGGAUAACUGAAUUGUCUUCUGAUAGUAAUUAUCAUAUUGAUAAUCACUCGUUCAAUUAAACAAUAAUGUUUGGUUUAUAAAAGCACUUGAUCCAGCACUUGAUCCAGCACUUGAUCCAGCGCAUACUAUCUUUUGCACCUUAAAAAAAUAUAUUUUAAUAUUGUGCGCUGAUACCCCAACUGUCUGAGUAGCACUUAAUUCUGUAGUUGCGUCUAAGGUUUAAAUACCUGUGUGCAUAAAUCUGUUAUUUAUGUAACUCAUCUAAAUAGGACACAAAUCUUUGUAUUUUUUUUCAAAAAGAUGAGUUUGUAGCUCACACUAGCUUUAUAGAGAACCUCAGCUGGAGCACAAAAGCACCCCGUUGGUAAGAUAAAUAAUAGAAAACCUUUAAUAAAGCAUGAGGGGCAUUCAGGUCAAACCGGGACUUUUGAGUAUACAGAAUAAGUGAACACUAUUAUUUCUCUAUAUAAUUCCCUGCUACACUAAUGCACUUAUCCCAGGGUUUCACUAGUGCUUGGACACCAUCAGGGUACAAUAGGAAGUUUUCUCAGUAUGCCGAAGCCAUGAUCCUGGUUUGAAUUUUUGCAGGACAAUGCAUGACCUCAUACUGCCCACAGCACCACUUGCACAGGAACUCGGCUAGGAGUUAUCGCUCCAGGGCAUUUCCACAUGUUUGGGCUAUUAAAGGAGUUCUUGGGAGGCCAGCGUUUUGGAUGUGAAGCAGGCAGUCCGAUCAUGACACUAGUGAAAUGUUGGCACGAGUGCAUUAGUGUUGCAGGGGAUUAUAUAGAGAAAUAAAGGGUAGAUCUUAAAUGACAGUGUUAUUCUGCACAAUCAAAAGUUUUGAUCGAACGUCCGUUGUAGUGCUGUCUAAAUGCUCGUUUGCAAACUGUAAUAAUGCCUUUUCCCACCUUGAGUUAAAACAAUGGACACUCUUUAUGAAAGGGUGUUUUUUGUUUGCCCUGUACUUUAGCUCGCAGCACAGCACCAAUAGCAGACAAUAAUAAGAAGCAUUACUGAGUAGCAGCUACAGUAGUAGUAACAAGCUGGCCGGCUAACAUUAGUGAUAGCUCUAACGUUGAUGAUUAACUUUUCGUAACAGCAAUUUGUUAUAAUGGUAUAAACUAAUUUCAAAUUAGAGAAGAGACGCUUUGGAUGGUUAACAGUAUUAUUCAUUUUAGAUCACUUUGCAAACAGGGAAGGAACUGGUAGUGGCGGUUGAGUUGAGGGGGGUGUUUUCAGUGCCGCUGACUAGUUGUAUGGUAGGAGGGGAAUUACACUUCGCCUCAAACACAGCAGAAGAAACUGGAGUUACUUAUUACUGUAGUGCUCAAGUGUUUAAAAGCAUGACUUUGUCAUAUUUGCCUCAUUCUGUUUCAGCUGUAAUUGCAUUGUUUUUCAGAUGCCAAACUUUUUUUAUUGUAAUUAGAAAUACAAUACUGAUGCACUGGGUAAACCUAAGAUUACACAAAUUACACCAAGUAAGACUGUAUACAACCCUGGUUUUAUGGUACCCUAUCAAUAAAGGGCUUGGCAGCAAGUUCAACGAGGCACACAUCCUUUUUUUCAGAUCUUCAAAAGUCCUACAAGACUUUAAAAUGGUCAUUUGGUUCUGAGUAUCAUGUACUGCAUACGAGUGUGGUGUGUGCAGGCUUGUUAAAAUAACUCCCGAGCCUCUGAGAUGGCAUGAACUCACACAAGUUGGCACUUUAAUGGGUCCAGACAUUGUUUGACAUCUACUUACAUAUCUACUGUAGCUUCGAGCUAAACCGUGCCAAAUUUUUCCUAUGAUAUGGACCCUUGAUUUAAAGUACACCUGUGAGUGAAGUCUUAAUUACAGGAACCAGUAUAGAGAUUAUAGCUUUAUGAAGAGGAUAGGAUGAAGAUCUCAGGGAAGCACCAUGUGGAGAGAUCUGGUGAUCCUCUGAGUCGGGCUAAUUUUAAGAAUACUUGUGUACAUUGAAACUGUGCUUCUUAAUUCUAAGAGUAGAAGAGUAGCAUCCAAUGUAGUGGACAUGCUUUUAGGUAGAUGGCUUGUGUAGGAUGCCCAAGUCAACUUCCUACUGCAAUCAUGCCAUUGUAUGUUGACUUUGUCCUUGUGUACAUUGUGGGUGAGGGUGUAUUCUUGGCUUGACUGCAUCAUUUGCAUUAGUGCUGCCAGUGACUUGACUGCUGCCAGGCUAAAUCCUUCUCUAUCAUCAGGUCAACUGUUAAAUCUCUACCACUCAUUCCUCCUUCUCUAAAAAAAAAAACAGUACUUCUGUCAUGUCUAUGAAUGAAAUUAUUCAAUAAAAGAAAUACA